AUGUUGACCUGUUUUAAAUGCGGGACCGUCGGCCAUAUCGCGACUAAUUGGACAAAGAACAAGCGAGGUUGUCGACCUACCAGUGGGACUUGGGGUGCCACGGCCGAACAAGGGACUCCAUUCAGGAAAUGGCAGCAAAACGCGCCAUCAGCGUCGUCUACGACGCCUGAGAGACAAACCUCCGAGUCGCCACCACCUCCUGAACGAGGCACACCAAAUGCGCCAAAGCCGGAGCCAGAUCCGAUACCUGAUAUGACUGAAGAUCCGACAUCCACUGCUGAACAUGAGGCCGACUGCCAGUGUAUGCUCUGUAGUCUCGUCAAGAGGCUCAAGGGCCAAGAGCCUUCGUUGGCUACUUGGACGGCGGCACCGCCACCGCCACCGGAAGCCGCGCAAAACCAUGACGAGAGUAGCACCAAGAAAGCCAAACCGCACGAGGCUUCCUCGAUGAACCUGUGGGCCCUAGGAAAAUCAGCUCUGGCCUCAGGGCGGACAACGCAGGCAAUACACUUCUUCGACCAAUGCAUCGCGAAGGAUCCAAACGCUGCAGCGUUCUUCGUUAGCCGCGCAGAUGCGUAUGUGUCGCUAAGAAAGUACGCUGCGGCGCUGGGCGACUUCCAGUGCGCCCACGGGCUGCUAAAGACCGCUUCUCCCAAGACCGCCGCUGUGCCUGUCCUCGUCAAGCUUGCUUGCUGCCUACUAUACUUAGGAUCUCAUGGCCCUGCCCUACUCGCCACACAGGAGGCACUGUCCGUCGAACCCGGCGACACGGCUGCCCUCGCGCUGAAGAAGCGCCUGUCGGCGAUCGAGAACGGCGUAGCGGCGUACCAGACCGCGAAGGCAUGCAGACAGUUGAAGACAGCAAAGGCUGCAUACGAUGCUUGUGCGAAUGCUUAUACCGAGGAUGGUGGAGUCUUACCCGUGGUGGUGAGUUGUUGGGAGGUCGAAUUGCAGAUCGCAGAGGCGAAGUGGACGGAGGCGCUGGCCGUGUCGUCCGUGAUCCUUGCGACGCACCUCAAGUCUAUUAAGGCCCUGCUCAUGCGCGCCCUGGUUUUGUUCCUUACGGCUGACCUGGGAGAAGCGCUGAACAAGAUCAAUACCGCGCUGAGGCUCGAUCCCGAUCAUGAAGAGGUGAAGGCGGCUCGCGCACGCUUCAAGAACGUUAGUGACCUCAAGGAAGAUGGUAACUUUCGCUUCAAGACCGGCGACUUGAGUGGUGCAAUUGAACAGUGGACGAGUGCCCUCAACGUCAGUUUGCGGGUUUCGCCGAACCACUGGCAGUCAGACUGGUGGCUUACCUGUCUCAUCCAUAUACAGCUUGUUGCUGAAAAGGAAGCAGAAGGAUCUGGUGGUCGGAUCCGUGCAUUAUUGCUUCUGAACAGGUCCCGGGCCAGGCUGAAGAUUGGACAUCCCGACGCGCUGAAAGACGUGAAUGCAGCGGGGAAGCUGGACCCGCACAACGUCAAGAUCAUCGUCACCCGCGGCCGCAUAUUCAUCGGAUUGAAGCUGUUUGAAUCUGCUAUUCAGGAAUUCAAAGCCGCUCUGCAAGCGGAUGCAACAAAGUUGAGUGCGGCGGAUCGACUGACAGUGCAGAGCGAGUUGGGCGAUGCCGAGCAGCACGCUGUACUAGAGAGAAACAAGAUCAAGGACUGGUACGAAAUAUUGGACAUUGAACGGGACUGCACGACUGAGGAAAUCCGCAGGGCGUACCGGACACAAUGCCUCAAACACCAUCCGGACAAGGGAGGGGUCCCAGAGAAGUUCAGAAUGAUCACAGAAGCCUACGAUACCUUGUCGGACCCUAUCGAAAGGUACUUAUAUGACGCCUCAGCCUAGCGAGGCAUGGUACGCGGCAUAGUCAGUAUGUCACGUCCUACCCACCACAGUGACCACUAUUGCUGUCUGCGGCUCGCGCACUCACUACCGUGUAAUGACUCGUACAAACCCAUACCCUGUGCAUCAUGAGUGCUUUUGGGUCAACUUAUGCUGAACAAUCGGUUAUGGCCGUCCUACAUGGAUCUCGCCAACGCCUACCGUUGUGCUGCCACUAGUACUACGCCCUAGGACAAGAUGCUCACAUCGAGAAGCCUCCCUCCUACGAUGCACACGCCCGAGGUGACAUAGUUCACCCAGAGGUAUCGGGCGCCAAGGUCGAUCAUGUCAAACAGGGCGCCAAAGUCCCCGGCGGUUGCUACAAUUCACCG